GAUGCCAACAUAAAUAUUGACAAAAUCGCUACUUGGAAUAAUUUCUGUGCAGAAUAAAAGCGUUUAUUUAUAAUCUUUUGCUCAUUUGUAUUUGCAUCCAUUCAUUUUCAGUUGCAGUUAUUUCUAUAUAAGUAAUAAAACAUUUUUGGUACCUAUUAACGUUCUUUCUGUGAGUCACACGUUUCGGUCUUCGUUUCAAGAUGGAGUGUGUAGCUAGCGAAAAUGACAGCAAAAUUUCAAACAUCUCUGAAGAGAACCGAACCAAAGACGACAGUGAUAAGUUGAAUGAGCCUUCAGAGUGCAAAAUACCUAAAACUGACAUAAGUGAAAGUAAAUCAAAUGAAGAAGUGAGUGAAGUAAUAGAAGUUAAAGUAGUUUACAACAAAAAGAAAUAUGAUGUAAGUGCACCAGCAAACUGCUCAAUUGCAGACUUUAAAAAACAGCUACAGGGUCUCAUAGGAAUACCUGAUUCCAUGCAAAAAUUAAUGUAUAAAGGACUUUUACAAGAUAGUCAAACUUUGUCCACUGCUGGGAUAACAAAAGGUUCUAAAAUUAUGUUAGUCGGUUCUACAUUAAAUGACGUUUUGGCGGUGUCGUCGGUUAGUAAACAAGAUGUUGCAGAAAUGGAAAAAGCCACUACUGUUAAAGAACCAUUAUGCAAACAAAAAAUACACAGAAAAGUUUUGGAUAAAGGUGUACCUGAAGAUGCAAUGCCUGGAAUUAAAAAUUUGAAGGAAGGCCUGCCUCCCUUGCCUUUGUCUGGAAUGUUGAAUAAACAUGGAGGAAAAGUUAGACUGACAUUUAAAUUAGAAAGUGACCAGUUGUGGCUAAGCACUAAGGAACGUACUGAAAAGCUACCAAUGGGAUCAAUCAAAAGUAUAGUUUCAGAGUCAAUUGAAGGCCAUGAGGAAUACCACAUACUGGGUUUGCAAUUAGGUCCUACAGAAGCGUCAAGAUACUGGAUCUAUUGGGUGCCUGCACAAUAUGUAGACGCAAUUAAAGAUGCAAUUUUAGGUAAAUGGCAGUACUUCUGACUUAGUUGUGCGCGCCAAGCUAACAGUAUUGAGAUCAACACAUUUAAUUUUAUGUUAAUGUAUGUGCAGAGAUUACAUUAAUCUUUUACAUGCAUCUUGACUUAACGGGGAAUCAAUAAAUAGUUUUAUUUCACUAUUGGAUUUAUUUGUAUGAAAUUUUGUACUUUUUGUAGGUUUGCUUUGUGAUAAUGAUACUUGAUAUUGUUAGCAUAACUGCUUUGAAUUCAAGUGAUGAACUCAAUAUUUGUGAUGUAUGUUGAUUGGUAGAGUUGACAACAAGUUCUAAAAUUCUUUGUAUUCACCUCACAAACUACCUUAUUGUUGACUGUAUCAUUUCAACAAAACUGUUAUAUACCUAAUUUUUAUAAAAACUCUACAAAUGAUUUCUCAGUAGUUAUAUGUUAAUUAAGAUUUUCAGUUUGUAUCGUGUGAUUAAAAACAAAUACAUAAUUAUGUUUUAAAUAAUA